AUGAACAAGAUGUCUGUGAAAUGGCUCUCACUUCUGCCGCUAAUACAGCUGACUUGCUACUUUAGCUCUGGGAGUUGUGGGAAGGUGCUGGUGUGGCCAAUGGAAUAUAGUCAUUGGAUGAACAUGAAGACAAUUCUGGAUGAACUUGUCACGAGGGGUCAUGAGGUGACUGUUCUAACAUCUUCAGUUUCCUUUCUUAUCGAUUCCAACAAACCAUCUGCUAUCAAAUUUGAGAUUUUCCCUGCAUCUUUCACUAAAGAUGAUCUUGAGUAUUUUAAUGAGCUUUUUAUCAGGAAAUGGACACAUGCAGCAAAAAGUUCCUUUUGGACCAAUUUGUCAACAGUGAAAAGUUUAUUUUGGGAAUAUUCUGAUAUGCUUAUGAAGAACUGUAAAGAAGUUGUUUCCAACAAGAAACUUAUGACAAAACUACAGGAAUCAAAGUUUGAUAUCGUUCUUGCAGAUGCCGUUGGACCCUGUGGUGAGCUGCUGGCUGAGAUACUUAAAAUACCUUUCAUGUACAGUCUCUACUCCUCACCUGGCUAUUCAAUUGAAAAGUAUACUGGAAGACUUCCUUUCCCACCAUCCUAUGUACCUGUUAUGUUUUCAGAAUUAAGUGAUCCAAUGACAUUCAUGGAGAGGGUUAAAAAUAUGAUAUAUGUACUUUAUUUUGACUUCUGCUUUCAGACCUUUAAUGAGAAGAAAUGGAAUCAGUUUUACAGUGAAGUACUAGGAAGACCCACUACAUUAUCAGAGACAAUGGGGAAAGCUGAAAUAUGGCUCAUUCGAACCUAUUGGGAUUUUGCAUUCCCGCGCCCACUGCUACCAAAUUUUCAAUUUGUUGGAGGCCUCCACUGCAAACCUGCCAAACCUCUGCCUAAGGAAAUGGAAGAGUUUGUGCAGAGCUCUGGAAAAAAUGGUAUUGUGGUGUUUUCUUUGGGGUCAAUGGUCAGUAACAUGACAGAAGAAAGAGCCAAUACGAUUGCAUCAGCCCUUGCCCAGAUUCCACAAAAGGUUCUGUGGAGAUACGAUGGCAAGAAACCAGACACCCUAGGGCCCAAUACUCGGCUGUAUAAGUGGAUCCCCCAGAAUGACCUUCUCGGUCAUCCAAAAACCAAAGCUUUUGUAACUCAUGGUGGAAGCAACGGCAUUUAUGAGGCCAUCUACCACGGGAUCCCUAUGGUGGGCCUUCCUUUGUUUGCUGAUCAACCUCAUAACAUUGCUCAGAUGAAGGCCAAGGGAGCAGCUGUCAGGUUGGAUUUGGAAACAAUGACAAGAGUCGAUUUCCUUGCUGCAUUGAAGGAAGUCAUUAACAAUCCUUCGUACAAAGAGAAGAUGAUGUGGUUAUCAACCAUUCAACAUGAUCAGCCAGUGAAGCCACUAGACCGAGCAGUCUUCUGGAUCGAGUUUGUCAUGCGCCACAAAGGAGCCAAGCACCUGCGGCCAGCCGUCCAUGACCUCACCUGGUUCCAGUACCACUCUUUGGAUGUGAUUGGAUUCCUGCUGGCCUGUGUGGCAUCUGCUGUGUUUGUCAUCACAAAAUGUUGUCUGUUUUGUUACUGGAAGUUUGCUAAAACAGGAGACAAGAGGAAAAAUGAGUAGCUAUAUUUGGGUCCUGAAGCAGGUACACCACAUAGAGGGAACUCCUCCAGUUUUUAUUCCAGCAAGAAAGAGUUAUGAUAAGGUUCCCAUCCUCUUGUGACAAAAUGACUCCUCACAAUUUAGCAUCUCAGAUCAAAAUUCAUUUUCAAGGGAUUUUCUAACUGAGAUAGAAGUAUGUCAUGCCAAGGGAAAAAUUGGUGAAAAAUAAAAUAAUAAUAAAAUUA